GUCCGGGCGCGGGGUCAGGAGCCGAGCGGGUGCGGGCAUUCCAGCGCUUGGGAAGUCCUGACAGGAGCGGUGCUCCUGCCGUGCCUUGCAGCGGAGGAGAUUUGGUAAUGCGUUGCCUUUGUGCGUUAAGAUAACUCUGUGUCUGCACUAAAGCUUCUUCACAGCCCGGCCAGUAGUGCGUUACUGUGUUUCGAAGCCUUGAAACCCCGCGUGGGUUUGUGUUAAUGCCGUGCGUGGCCGUGGCACACGUAGAGGAUAAAUCAUUCAGCGCCUCAGGCGGCAACGCUUGAUGGAGCAAGAGAUGUGGGGAUCGCAUGAGUGAGGCUGGGCAUCACGCCUUGUUCGAGCUUCCAUCACCCCCAGGGCAUAGCCGUGUGCCAGAGCACCGCCCCCUCCCCAUCUCCGUGUGCCAGGGCACCGACCCCUCUCCAUCUCCGUGUGCCAGGGCACCGACCCCUCCCUAUGUCCACGCUGCCUGUGGCCUUGGCCAUCGUGAGCUGGAGAGAGCCAGGAGUGCUUCUUGACUGUCCUGUGUCAUCUUCAAAUAUAUCCGGCCAAGACACUCAGUCUGUGCUGCAGGAGUCCUCUGCAUCUGGCUGCUAGGAGUAAAGUCACUGCAUAAAUCCACUGGAGUGAAAAAGUGUUAAAAUUGAGUUAAAAGGUCAAUGACUACUGAGAUGAACUGUUCCUAGGUUGGGCAGAAAGCAAUUCUGUGACUGUGAAAAAUCAUUUUAUAGCAAAAUCAAGAGAAUUUAAAAGUUAAACCACAGGUAAAUGUGGAUAGAGGUUUGGAAGUGGUAGACCAUUUCAUUGAUAAUGAGCUGCUUUAUUAGGUUAAAUUUAUUUUACUUUCAAAAUAGUUCUUCACAUAAAGACUAAUCAUUAGUUUUAUUAACAGUUUAAACAAAAAAAAGGUCAUAGCCUUUAGAACAGUGCUGAUACAUCUAGUACAUGUAUUAAUGACUUACAGUAAAGUAUUCAUGAUCAAAUCUAAGUUUUAAGCUUUGUAAUUAUAGAUAAUUGCUUUAAUGAGAUUUUCCAUAAUUGUAACAUUAUAUCUAAUACCAAUUACUAUUAGAGGGUUUAAAAACCCUCUGGAGAAAAUCUUGGAAAGCUCAGUGAGGGCUGCACAUCUCAUUUUCCAGGCACUGGGUUUAAGUUUAUACCCUCUGUGCCUAAUUUGUUGUUUUCUUUAACUGAUGUUGUUGCAUGACAUUUUCCCAUUUUGGUCAUUUGAUAUCCUGGUAGAGCUUGGUUGCUUAGUUAUCACCUCUCUGCAGGAUGUUGUUAGAAAGAUCUUGGUGGAUAAAUGCAUUCUGGACUAGCAUGCUGGUUGAUCUGCAUCUUCAUAGCUUGUAUGCAGUUUUACUGUGCUGUGGUAGAAAGUUGAUUUGACUGACUAGCUGAUGGUCUGCAUUGCCACUUUCUUUUAUUAUUUCUGAUACUCCAGUAUUUUAAUUACUGAAAUUGCACUUGAAGAAAGUUUCCCUGCAGGUAGAAUGCCUCCUGUUCCUCAGGUGGCUCAACAGAUCAACCAGGAGCAAAACCAACAGCAAAAUGGACCAGACUUGUCAAGUUUGCAUUGUUCCUUGCCAGCAGACUGUGAUAAGAAGCAUGUGAUUUUGGUCUCAACUCCAGUUCCUGUACAACAACAGGAGAAUGAAAUUCUGCAGCGAAUAUCAGCACUGAGGAGAGAAGGUUUAUGGUCUCUGAAACGUCUGCCCAAACUCCAAGAGGCUCCGAGGCACAAAUCUCAUCACGAUUAUCUUCUGGAAGAAAUGCAGUGGAUGGCAACUGACUUUGUUCAAGAGAGGAGAUGGAAGAUGGUGGUAGAUUUAAAACGGCAAGCAGAGAUAGAAGAGAGGAGGAAGAAAGUAUUAAAUUCACAGAACAUCUCAAAAAAAGAAAUAACAGACUCUUUGACUAAGAAAGAGAGCCUUCAGAAGGAGGUGGUGUUUCCAGAUCUUCUCACAUCUACUGUAGAGAAACACAUGGCAGGUUUAGCAGACGUUGCUGCUGCCGCAGAAGCAUUGUUACCCAAGGGCACUGCUCCAAUCACAACGGUAGUAGAAAGUGAAUCUCCAUCCUUAUUACAUGGCACUCUUAGAGGUUAUCAAAAGGCAGGCCUGGAGUGGUUGGCAAAGCUGUAUAAGAUGAAUCUCAAUGGCAUUCUGGCUGAUGAAGCUGGUCUUGGAAAGACAGUGCAAGUUGUUGCUUUUUUUGCACACCUGGCAUGUAAUGAAGGUAACUGGGGCCCUAUUCUUGUAAUUUCACACAACUUUAAUGUCCUGAAGUGGGAGACUGAACUGGAAUGCUGGUGUCCUGCUUUGAAAAUUCUUCUGUAUCUUGGGAACCCAGGAGAGCUUUUUAAAACCAGACAGGAAUGGACUGACCCCAACAACUUUAAUGUAUGUAUUGCCUCCUGCAAUCAAUUCUUUCAAGAUUAUGAAGCAUUCAUGAAAGUGCAAUGGAGUUACCUAGUUUUAGAUGAGAGGCAGAAUGGUAACAAUCUGACAGAGAAGCACUGGGAUGCAAUAUUCAAUCUCCAGAGCCAUCAUCAUUUACUCUUGAUGGAUACGCUUCUGCCUACUGCCUUAAAAGAUCUGUGGGCCAUUGCCUGUUUCCUGAUUCCAGGGAUUUCCCAGUCCUAUCUGGAUUUUAUGAAGGUGGAAGGGGAUGAAGAUCAUUACCACAGAACCUCAGUGAGACUGCAGAGAGCGGUGCAGUCAUUCAUUUUGCGGAGGUCCAAAACGCACGUUGAGAAGCAGUUGCCAAGGAAAUAUGAGCAUGUGCUUCCAUGUGCUCUUUCUGAGAGGCAGAAGUCAAUGUACCAAGACAUCCUGACUCAACCAAGGCUUCCCAGUUCUUCCUGUGUAUUGGACCCACUGGAGUUCACAACUGCUUCUUUAGUGCUGGAUGCAUUAGGAUGGGAUCUUUGGAAGCAUGCAGACCGGUCUCUCUUCGAUGUGAUUGGGCUGGAAAACAAGGUUACUUGCUAUGAAGCGCAAGUACUGCCAAAACUGAAGGUAACUAGGAAGCUUAUUGAAGAGAUCUACUGUUCUCCUUCAUCACCCAGACUGGAGCCAGUGAAGCUCAAACCAAAUAGGUUAUUUACACCAGUACUGUAUGGGCAGAAGCCUGAAGGUAGAACUAGAGACUUCUCAAGGUGUCAGUUGCAGCAGAAAGUGGACACAGCAACAGUCACAGCAAAUCAGCAUGAGGAGACACAAAGACCGCAACAUUUUGCCACGCUUUCAGAAAAUCAGCAUAGGAAAGCCAGCAAGAUAGUGCAUGGACCAAUGGCUUCCACAGCUGGAGCAGAAGAGGCAAGUGCUGAGCCAGAGAAGCCUGUAAUGUUACAGUUCAGAGGGAAGACGUUUACUUUGUCUUACAGACAGUUCUGUCUUCUUAUUGGUAGACAGUCUCUGAAACAUCAAGUGACAGUGGAUGACUUGAGUACUAAAUCUAAAUCAGUGUCUACCCUUUCAUGUCCAACUCAGGGUGGCAUAGAAGAAAAAAGACAGCUAAGAGAACACCUGGACAAGAUCUAUUUUGGGAAUGAACGUCGUUGUUCCAGAGCCCCCCUGUACGGCAGAGACUUGUUGGAAAUUUGCUCUUGGAUCACUGAGAGAAAAAUCUCUCAGUGUUAUUCAGCCAGGAUUAACAAAUGGCACAGGGUUGCCUUGGAAAAUUGCCUGCCAUAUCCAAGUACUUCAGAGGUUCUCAGGGAUCCCUUGCAAGAACUCACUUUGACAUUGAAGCAGCAACAGAUUGCCCUGAAGGAUGUCGUUACCAGAUAUCUGUGUGUCUUGCCAGCUGUAGCUGUUGCUCCUCCUCGUUUGUAUGUAGCAAAUGCACACACCCAUGCGAUUAAGGUCUUGAAGCUUAACUUAAAGGAACAGAUACUUCCCUACUUCCAUUCAAUGCAGCAGAUAGUCAGGCCUCCUUUUCUGCAGUUUCCAGACCCUAGACUGCUACAGCAUGAUUCAGGUAUUAAAACCCCUACCACUGUAUGAAUGUCUUUCUGUAUUUGUUGAAUGCUACCUGCAGAACCUUACAGUUUUUGUUUCCUGAGCAGGCAAACUGGGAGCUCUGGCUGUCUUGCUUCGGAAGCUGAAGGCAAGAGGAGAUCGUGUGUUGAUUUUGACACAGAUGAUCCCAAUGCUUGAUAUUCUGGAGCUUUUCUUGAACUUCCAUUUCCUCAGAUACAAAAGAGUUCAUGAGAGUGGUGCUCACAGUUGGCAGAAUCGGGAAGCCAUAAAAAACUUCAACCAAGACAAGCGAUUCUUCUGUGCUAUUCUUUCUUCCCACACUCCUUCCACAGGUGUCAGCCAUGUGGAUGCAAACACCGUUGUCUUCUAUGACACUGAUUUAGAUCCCCUGAUGGAUAAGAAGGCUAAUGAAUGGUGUGAUAAAAUCGCAACAGAGAGAGAUGUUCAUAUAUACAGGCUUGUAAGUGGUAAUUCAGUUGAGGAGAGGCUGUUGAAAAAAGGUAUUAAACAUUUGAUUGAAGAAGUGGCUGCUCAGGGAGGUGAUUGUUCAACAGACCUUUUAACUCAGGUACUGGCAC